AUGGAGCCCUCGACCUUCCUCCUGGUCCUCCCCCCGUGGAAGCAGAACCUCUGCCCUACCCUGGUGGCCCGGCUGCAGGUCAGCUCCGCUCCCAGCCUAUCGCAGCCUCUGCCCCCACCUCCCCUCCGCUCCUGCCCACCCCUCCCGGCCCGGCUGCUCCCGGCUCCGGCUGCUCCCGGUUGUUCAAGGACUCCCCCGCCGCCGGCGAUGCCCGCAGCAGAUUCCCCCCCGUGUGUCCGCACGCCCGGGCUGGACACGCUCCGGCAAUCCCAGCUCGCUCUCCCGGGGCUGCACGGCCGCGGACAUCGGCAGGCGCUGUUCGAGCACCUGCAGGUGUCCCUGGGCUCGGGGUUGUUCCUCCUGUGCCUCGGCGUGCUCCUGGGCUGUGCCGUGUGCCGCUGGCACCGCCGGCGCCCGGGCCGCCCCCUCGGCCGGCAGCGAGUGGAGCUGGGGGCGGCUCUGCCCGCGGCCACCGUGCCCGUGCCCAUCCAGCAGCGCGGCGAGGAGCUGACGGGUGCCCGGGCAGAGGAGAUUUCCCCGGCAUCCCGGGGGGGCUCGCCGCACGGCAGAGCGUCCCUGCCCACCCUCCCCUUCCUCCCGCAGCUGGCGGGGCUGUGGCAGCGCCGCUGCACCAUCGCCGGCACGGAAAUCCCGUGCAACGAGCGGAGCCCGCUGGUCCCCGCCGUGCCGGGGUCCCCACCGCGCUCCGGGCGGCGUCCCCGGCUCCACUGCGACCUGCGCUACUCCCUGCCCGAGGCCACCCUCACCGUCACCGUCCUCGGCGUCUCGCAGCUGCCCCAGGGCCACCGGGGCUCCCGAGUCAAGGUGUCCCUGGUGUCCCGCCGCCCGUCCGUGCGCCGCAGGAACCUCCGCCGGGAGCCGCGCCCGUGCCGCUUCGGCCCGUAUGGCCCGGAGGAGCUGGGCAGCUGCACCCUGCGCUUUGCUGUCUACACCAGGUCACGGAGCCUCCAGGAUUCCUUCGUGGGCGAGGUCCUGUUCCCCUGCGCCGAGACCUCCUGGGACCCCCGCGCCCCCUCCAGCUACUGCUGGGAGCUGGCAAACACCAAAACCAAGCUCAGCAAGCACCGCAGUGCCCACACCCUGAGCUGCAGCAUCUUCUCCUCGGUCCCCAGAGGCCUGGGCCGGCUCCUCCUGCUGCUGCAGCACCAGGCUCAGGCAGGGCGCAUCAAGGUGCUGCUGCGCAAGGCAGAGGCGCUGGGCCGGCUCUCCCGCCUGCCGGGCGCCCCAGGCCACUACGUCAUCGUCCAUCUCCACCACGACGGCCACAUCAUCGACACCAAGGAGACCAAGUCCGCCAGUGGCUACAACCCCGUGUGGAACGCGCCCUUCCUCUUCAGCAUCCCUGCUGGGGACAUCCAGCAGCAGGAGCUGGCCUUGGAGUUCAUUGUCAUGCAGGCUCGGCUCCACGCCCGCGGCUCCAUGCUGGGCCGUGUCCAGGUGGGGCCAGGUGCCCCCGGGACCGGGAUGCUGCACUGGAGGGACAUGUGCAGCCGGGCACCACUGGAGUCGGAGAGUUGGCAUUGCAUCCAGCCCCCUGCGCCCGGCCCUUGA